AUGGAUAUUGACAUCAUCAAGUCUGCUUCAGAUGAUGAUCAGAUGGAAAUGAUGCUGAUGCAAAUGGACAAACUCCCCGAUUUCUCCAGCCCAUACACCGAUAUUAAUGAUAUGUCGAUGAUGGUUUAUGGGACUCAUAAUGGAACUAACAUUGGUUCAAUCCCACAAGUUGUUGAUAAUAAUUCAGCUUCAUCAUUCAUGAACCUGCCUAAUAAUAUAUCAGUCUUGGGCUCCGGUUCGGGCUCCCGGACUAUUCAUCAAGAUCCAUCAGCUCUGCCUUUCUUGCCUAAUUCAAGUGGUGGGAGGAGGAAAAUUGCCAGUGAUGAAUUUGCAGUGAUUGCUACUCAAAAGCGCAAUUCAAUGGCUGUAAUGAGGGAGAUGAUUUUUCAAAUUGCAGCAAUGCAGCCAAUCCACAUUGAUCCUGAAUCAGUGAAACCACCAAAGAGAAGAAAUGUUAAGAUAUCGACAGACCCUCAAAGCGUAGCUGCACGUCAUCGAAGAGAAAGGAUAAGCGAAAGAAUGAGAAUACUUCAAAGACUUGUGCCUGGUGGAACCAAAAUGGACACUGCUUCCAUGUUAGAUGAAGCAAUUCACUAUGUCAAAUUCUUGAAAAACCAGGUUCAGUCCCUUGAACGGGUUGCGGCUAAUAGGCCAACUGGGAUAGGGUUCCCAGUGCCAGUGUCUAGUGGAAGCUAUUUCCCCGUGGCACCAAAAAGUUACCAAUGUCCAUCUCACAAUCGCCAGCAUUAG